AUGUGGCGUAGAUGGCAUCGCUGCUGCUCAUUUAGUGUUUCCUGUUUUUCUGUUGGCUCCCCUCCCUCUCCUCCACUAUCCCACCCCUAAGGGCUCUGGCGGAAGUGAGGGCGCUGCUGCUCUGCACACUAGAGAGCCUGUGAGGGCGACUAACAGUGAUUGCACACGAGUCCGGAGACAGGCUUACUAUAGGGCGAAAACACCCCCGCCCGCUCGCAGGAGCCCAGAGCAGCCGCUUGAGGAUAUGCAUUGUACUGACAGCAUGUGAGGGAGCGUGGGCUGGGAAGAGCAACAAGGGAGCGCACUGAGCAUGGGGGGCUGCUCUCUGCACUCACAGCUCCCCAGGGGAUCCGCUUGCAGUAGCUACUACCUCAUGUGAACAGGCGCACCCCCUGGACUGGGGUUUGGACUCCCCGUGCAAGCGAGAGCGCCAGCCUCCUAUGGAUGAGAGUGUAAGGGGGGCUCAGUGGCACAGAGCUUUAAUGCUGGGGGGUGUGACAGGGGAACCUGGCUGCACAGGGGCUGCUCUUUCCCUUCGGAGCGCUAUGGUGCAAGUCAAGCGGCGAAGUGCAGGGUGGUAGCUGGGAACUAGUAGUAGGCAUGCAGGGCAGCUACAGACUCCCACUUUAACUGCACUACCCCAGCGUGCCCUUCCAGCCCCCCGUAUCUGUCACUCUAAGCCCUGCACCCACAGAGCGGGACAGGGUGAGACCAAAUAGCCAUUGGUCAGGCCAUUACAGCCAGGAGCGGGACGGGGAAGGGGGUGUGUACCCAUGCCUUGCUGGCACACCGAGCUUGUAGUGUUCAUGUACCCUACGCGGCUGCCACAGAGGAACCCCAUGCCGGCGGGCUCCCCCUUGGCGCACCAUUAGCUAGCCAACUUGUUCUGUCACGGCCUCUCUAUGUAAAUGGCUUCAUUCCCGGAGUCCGAUUUCCAGCUGUGCCCCCUGUGUAAGGAGAUGUGCGUGUCCUCUGCCCCCAUCUCCUCCUCCAGCUCUUCCUCAUCCUCCUCCCAGGUGUCCACCAGCAGCAGUAGCGCCGGCAGUGCAGGAGGAGGCACCGGCUUGGCCUCGGCUCCCCCCCGCAGGCUGCACGUCUUGCCGUGCCUGCACGCCUUCUGUCGCCAGUGCCUGGAGGGGCGCCGGAGCCCCGGGGACUCUCUCCAGCUGCGCUGCCCGGUCUGUGACCACAAGGUGCUCAUCUCCGAGGCCGGCAUGGACGCGCUGCCCUCUUCUACCUUCUUGCACCUCAGCAACCUGCUGGACGCGGUGGUGGGCGCAGCCGACGAGCAGCAACAGAGUAACGGUGGCCGGACUGCUUCCAACAGACAGCGUUCGGCUUCAUGUUCUUCCUCCGGCCUCCUCCGCAGGGCGCCCCCCAGUCAGUCCGAACCGCGGUGCUCCUCAUGCGACGAUGGCAACGGGGCCAGCUCGCACUGCUUGGACUGCCAGGAGAACUUGUGCGACAACUGCCUGAGGGCCCACCAGCGGGUCCGACUUACUAAGGACCACUUCAUAGAGCGCUUCCCCGCCUCCCCCUGCAGCUCCGCGGCUUCCAGUGCCGCCACUACCUCGUCCUCUUCCAGCUCGGCCUUCUCCCUCCUGCCUGUGUACCCGGAGAGGCUCUACUGCCAGCAGCACGAUGAGGAGAUUUACAAAUUUGGAAUACGCAAGAGAGUGUAUACCCUGGCGGAUCUGGUGAGGAUUAAGGAUUGGGUCCUGCAUUUCUACUGUGACUCCUGCUCUGUUCCUAUAUGUCGUGAGUGCACUAUGGGCCGUCAUGCUGGACACAGCUUUGUCUACCUCCAGGAAGCUCUUCAGGACUCAAGGGCACUAACUAUUCAGCUAUUAGCAGAUGCCCAACAAGGCCGUCAAGCAAUUCAGCUGAGUCUAGAACAAGCUCAAGCAUUAGCAGAACAAGUUGAGAUGAAAGCCAAAGUGGUGCAGUCUGAGAUCAAAGCAGUCACAUCUAGACACAAGAAGGCAUUGGAAGAGAGAGAGUGUGAGCUGCUCUGGAAGGUUGAAAAGAUACGUCAGGUGAAAGCAAAAUCACUUUAUCACCAAGUUGAAAAACUCCACCAGGCCCUUAAUAAGUUGGACAGCACAAUAAAUGCAGUGCAGCAAGUCUUGGAGGAAGGUUGUACUAUGGAUAUCCUAAUAGCUCGUGAUCGUGUUUUGGCUCAGGUGCAGGAUGUAAAGAAUGCUAGAGGCCUUUUACAACUUCAAGAAGAUGACAGGAUUAUGUUUACUCCUCCUGACCAAGCCUUAUACCUUGCCAUCAAAUCCUUGGGUCUUGUCAGCAGUGGAGCUUUUGCAGCUUUGACUAAAGCCACUGGAGAAGGACUAAAGCGUGCCCUACAGGGAAAAGUUGCAUCAUUCACUGUUAUAGGAUAUGACCAUGAUGGAGAAGCCCGCCUCUCAGGUGGGGACCUCAUAACAGUGUUGGUGAUGGGUCCAGAUGGGAAUCUCUUUGCUGCUGAGGUCAGUGAUCAGCUAAAUGGUACCUACUUAGUGAGCUACCGGCCUCAACUGGAAGGGGAGCAUCUUAUUUCAGUUAUGGUUUGCAACCAACACAUAGAAAACAGUCCCUUUAAAGUCAAUGUAAAAUCUGGACGUUGCUACCUGGGUAUUGGACUUCCUACCCUCUCUUUUGGUGGGGAGGGUGAUCAUGAUGGAAAACUUUGCCGCCCCUGGGGAGUUUGUGUUGACAGGGAAGGUUACAUAAUUGUGGCUGAUAGGAGCAACAACCGUGUGCAAAUCUUUAAGCCAUGUGGAACCUUCCAUCACAAAUUUGGCAGCCUUGGCUCUAGACCUGGACAGUUUGAUCGACCUGCUGGAGUAGCUUGCGACAAUUCACGCAGAAUAGUCGUGGCAGACAAAGACAACCACCGUGUUCAGAUAUUUACAUUUGAAGGGCAAUUCUUACUAAAGUUUGGUGAAAAGGGGACCAAGAAUGGCCAAUUCAACUACCCUUGGGAUGUGGCAGUUAAUUCUGAGGGAAAGAUCCUAGUUUCAGACACCCGAAACCACCGUGUCCAGCUGUUUGGUCCUGAUGGGACAUUCCUUAACAAGUAUGGCUUCGAGGGUGCACUCUGGAAGCACUUUGACUCUCCCCGAGGUGUAGCAUUUAGCCAGGAUGGCUAUUUGGUAGUGACUGACUUCAAUAAUCAUCGGUUAUUAAUAAUCAAGCCAGAUUGUCAGUCGGCACAUUUCUUGGGCACUGAGGGCACAGGCAAUGGGCAGUUUUUGCGUCCACAGGGUGUAGCAGUUGACCAGGAAGGGCGCAUCAUUGUGGCAGACUCCAGAAAUCACAGAGUCCAGAUAUUUGAGCCUAAUGGCAGCUUCCUGUGCAAGUUUGGAACUCAAGGAAGUGGCUUUGGUCAAAUGGAUCGCCCGUCUGGUAUAGCUGUAACUCCCGAUGGCACAAUUGUUGUGGUGGAUUUUGGAAAUAACCGCAUUCUAGCCUUCUAAUCUAUUUUCAACGCAAAACUGUCUCAGGGAAACCAUUUCAAGAAGUAAAUAUUGUAAUUGUACCACAUUACUGAGCACCUACCUCAUAUUUUUGUCUAGCAAACACAUAUACUGUUACCUACAAAAAGAUACAGCCUGUGAAGAGUAAAACAAAUUCAGGAAAUAUCUACCUCAAAACCUCUUGGAAGGAGGGGUGUUAAUUAUCCUGUUUUAUUUCUCUGAAACUGCACAACAUAUUACUAAGUUCAUACCUCAAAUUCAAAGAAAAAAAAGGAUACGUUAUGGAACUGCACCUGCUCAGAGAUUGCGUAAAAAUCUCUUGUGAAUAAGCCAAAAGGGCUAUAAACUACAAAGAAAAGUACUGGGAAUUGUUUGUUUAAAACAAAUGUGUCCUCUAUAACCAAAUUGUUGGAUUUCUCCUUUACCAGUGCUGCUGCAACAGAGGGCGCCUUGCGUAUUUCGAAUACCCCCGUCUGUUUCAAAACAAAGAUACCUCGGCAUGCAUACUUUACAAAGUGUUUUCCUUCUAGAUUUUCACAUACCUCAGUAGUUGAAGCUGUAAUUCUUUUAUGUUUAUUUGCUGUUAAAGCACAGUAACAUGUUGCUUGACGAAUUUCAGAUGUUAAAGUUGCUUGUUCUCCUCUCAUGUCUGCAUUCAUUUUACAAAUUCCAUCCAGUACGGGACAUGUUUGUUAGCAUCACAGGAUGGUUUUUACUUGUUUCACUGGAAUACCCUCUAGGGGGUGAAGAGUGUGAAAAGGUGAGAAUCAGCGCGUACAAGUCAAGUCUUCACAUAUGAGAAAUGUAAAUGGGGCUCUUGCAACAUUGUAACCUAGCUGAUGUCGUUAUUUUAUGAAAAUAGUCAGACCAAAGGGAGAAGGCCAGCCACAGCACAAUUCUUCUGUGUAGCAUUUGUUUGAGUCAGUGCUAUAUCUAUACCUCAGUAACGAGCAGUGAACUAUGAAGUGAUUUCUUGAAAAAUAUUUUUUGCCUUUUAUGUAUUAUUUAGUUGGCAUACUGUUACAGAGACACUCAUCUGACAUUAUAUUCCUAUCAAGCACAUCAGCAUGAGAAGGAUGGUUGAAACCAAAACAUAGCCAGCACUCAACUUGUAUUUGGUUUUACAAUCUAAAAACACUGAAAUUGAAGCAACACUAGUUGCAAAAAGAAGGGGGUUGCACAUCUGGAUUUAUGCCACUAUUUCAGUCAGUUCUUUAUGAAUAGUGCUGCUGGAAUAAUUGUUUUCUCUUUUCCUUUUUGAUUAAGGGCAGUUGAGUUAACUUGUUGAUACUCAUACAGAAGUUAAUGCCCAAGCUUUGACAUUAUUUUUGCCAUUCUGCACUGGUGUCUCAUGUCACAAAUCAAUGGCAUGCGUAUCUUAAAAAACACUUGUUUACAAGUGAUGGUUUCCAUUAAAUCCAUUUCAAUUAUAUUUCCAUUAAUAUAUUUCUGUCCCGUUAUAGUAAGUGGGAGACACACAAAUCUUUUCUAUUGUCAAAAAUGUAUAAUCAUCAAAAUUAGAUUUUGACUAUAAAAAAAGCUCACCAUUUGUAAACUUAAAGGAGAAGAAAGGGUUGGUACCAAAUGUUACUGGGGGAUACCAAAUGUUAGAAACCCCCCAGUGAUUAUAAUCCCGUACCUGAUACCCUGGGCUGGUGCUCCUGUUAGGAGAAAACUGCACCGACCUGGGGUACAUGCAAGCAAGUCAUACUUUCCUUCUCUCUUCAUUCCUCAAAAUCCCAGGGCUGAUGCACGUGCAGUAGAGUGAAAAAGCUGUCUUUUUUGUUAAAGUUCAGCUUGUCACUCUGCUGCACAUGCGCUCCCACGCAAAGUCAGAAGCAGGAAGAGGAUUGCUCGCUGGUGCCGUUUUCUUCUAACAGAAGUACUGACCCGGGAUAUCGGGCAAGUCAUUACAAUCACUGGGGGGUGCUUCACAUUUGGCAUCCCCCACUGAUUGCAUCUUCCCUUCUCCUUUAAGGCACAUAGCAAGAGCACUGAAAUUUCCUUUAGUGUCAGUGCCCUGUUUAAAUAAAUAAUUCUUCUACCUUGUACUAUUGUACAUGGUGCUAAGUGAGCAUAAAUCAGUGUUAAUGAAUUGCUUGAAUUCUUAAAAAACCCUCAAAAAUGAGAUGUAUUACUCCAUAGUCCUUAACUUACACUGCUUGAGCAGGGCUGUAGCUCCUCUUGCUAAGGAGCAGAAAAGUGUACAUUUUACAUUGACUGGUGUUCUUCCUAUACUGGGCAGGUUAGAUUCAAGGGAGAGAAUGGAGAGUCCAUUCAAUACUCCAACAGUGCAGCAGUGAACUAUAGUUUUUCUGGUAAAAAAGAAAAUGGACUGGAGUGUUUGUAUAAACUUUUCAAAGAUCUCUUAAAAUUAUUUCUUAAAAUCUAGAGAGGGUUUUAUAUGUGCUUCCUAGAGUGAAUGAGACUCCUAUGCUGCAAUGAAUAUCACUGACACCUUAUAGCUCAAAAUGAAACUGACUAAUAAGAGUUGUGAUAUCUCUCCUGAUUUAUACAUUUUGUCUGUUUUCCUUUUAAACAACUUCUUUGCUUUCCUUUCUCUUUGCUAUCUCGGUCACUACCAGGUACAGUUUCAUGAUGUCUUGAAAAAAGAUUUGCCGUUGCUAAUGGCAAUACACCUUUUUUUGAUACCAGAUACUUUAAUUUUUUUUUAGUAAUGAAAUCUAUGAUGCAGCUUUCCAUAAAUGGUGAUAAUUGUACAGCCUCAGCUUUACAUCAAAUGUUUUCUUUUGAACUGGAGUGACCAAAGCAGAGCUAAUUACCAAAUGACAUAGAAAAGCAUGGUCUGGUGUGUCUUGUGUGCAUUAUAAUAAUGUAGAUACACACUUGUGUACAUUCUCAUUUUACUCUCAUAGCUCAACUUGUGGCCUUGCAUGAUACACCUUUUCUAAAUUUCUUACCAAUGAACAAAUUUGAAUUCUGUGUAUAUUAUUCACCAGUGCUUUGAAGAUAGUAGUCUGACGCAAGUCAAACACUUGUCUAAGAAAACUGUGCAUUGAGUAGCAAGCUGCUUGCAAAAAAGGAAUAUUCAUAGACUGUUUCUGUUUAGUUCAGUUCUGUGAUGCUUUGCUGACAGCUUGCAAACUGGUAGAUCUUUGGCGGAGAAGGGAUGGUAUCACUGAAAUGUUGUCAUUAUUUCAGACUGCUUCAGAUUUGUUUUCCUCCUUGGGGCUUGCUGUAUUGGUUUCCAUACCUGUCAUUCUCUUUCAGCACACAGUGCAUGUUUUCAGGAUAAUGAUACCACAACACUGGUUGAUCUGUUGGCAUUAUUUAUUCACUUAUCGAUCCACUUCUGCUCCUGUAAAGAUAUUCUGCAAGCAUGCAUGGUAUGAGCCUGAGGCUAGUUUGGGGGGUGAGGGGGGGCAUUGACUAGUAUGCAUACCCCUAUUGUUUGGCUUCAGCAGCGUCAGAAUAAUUCAUCCAAUGAAUGACACACAACCUAAGUACGCACCCACAUGUGGUCCAUGAAGAAUGACUGAACCUUGACAUUAAUGAUAAUGCUCACUUGUUGCCGAGAGCCUGUACUGGGCACAGCAGUUUCUCAAUGACAGCUUCCUUUCUGACAAAUCCGUACUAUUUACUUUACCCUCCCAGUGCCAGGAGAUCAUGCAACAGCUUUUCUUAGAUUCAAAUGAUACUUGUAAAUAGUAGAUUUGGAUGUGACUGUAUAAAGCCACUAAAUAGGCAUGCUGCAGGUUUCCCUGCAUUCUUUGGUGUAAUUUCACUAUUAACCAGAUUACAGCUUUUCAGGUUAAUUUUAGCUUUCUAGGUGAGUGAAAACUGCAUCUAGGUUAUUGAAUGUAUGUUUGUUCUUGUUUAUGAGUUCAUUGAAUAUUUUUCCAUUCAUAAAAUUGUAGAUUGGACAUUUUGUAUGUUUUUCCCCAAGAAAUAGAGAUACCAAAGAUGACUUUAGAGUUAAUUUUCUUUAGGCUUAAAAAGUUUAUUUUCCAAUUAAAAAGCCUUACUUCCACCUCAAAUCCCUCACAGUGUAGGCAGCCAUUGUAACAGGGCAGAGUGAAACGCUAUUGCACAAACAACUCAUCUAUACUACAUUUCUCAUAGAUGAAAGGGGGGGGGACCCCAUUACUAAAAAUCUUUUAAAUGCUGAUGUUAUGUACCUUGAUUUGUCUUAUUUUAGUCCUAUACAAGCCAAAGGCAAGGAUUACAAGGUAAUCCUUGUGCUUAAAAUAUAAAUUUCAGGUUAAAUAUGUUUGAAUAUUAAACUUUUAGCCCUAGUCCUCAGUGACUUUUACAGAUCUAACAUUAGAAUAAGUGGAUUACCCAUUGGAUGGGCAAUUAUGACAGGUCUGUUUUCGCUGUAAUUUUGACAGUUUGACUUCCUAAGACAAGUGGUGGGUGACGUCCCAUGAAGUUUUAUUGACAUUGAUGGGAGACGCAUUACAGUAGGCUGCGCCACCAAGUACCAUUUUGUAUAGUCUUUGCUUUUUCCCUUGAAAUAAUUAGGCCCAAGUGCAAGUAUACAUAAUGUUGCAGUGCUGUGUAUUCUUACUAAUGACAUGGCAACUCCAGGGUGUAUGCUCAUAUGCCAUGUGUUCUUGGAAGUCAUGAGAACUCAGUCUGUAUUUUUAGUUCUUUACAAAGUGCUGAGCCUGAAAGACUUUUAAGGGUAAAAACACACAGAGCUACUAGUAGCAGGUACUUUUUCAUGGCUACUAAAUUCCAGAAAAUACCCUGCCUUAGAGAAUUGCCUCUGCUAAAACACAUAGAGACAGUUAUCAGUAAAUGAUCAGCAUUGUCUAUUUUAGUAGUAAUGGCAAGUAGCUGCUACUAGUAGCUCUGGGUGUCUUCACCCUAAAAUAUGUUCCCAAAUAUAUUAAUAAUUAGUUUUGGUUUCCUUGUAAGUCCCACAGUCAAUUUUGGAUAUAGGUAUGGUAUUGAUAAGACAGUUGGUAAGGAUGCUUGCCCAAAGGGUGCUUCCAUAUGCAACUGAUAUCCAGUGCAAUUCUAUGCAUUUAUUGCUACAAAAGAAAUGUAAACUUUAAAAUGACAUAAAUGGAGUGUUUUCCCAUAUAAUUAAUUUGCAGCCAGGCAGUGGCUUGGAAGUCAAAAUAAAAGAUAAAUAGAAAGGGCCUUUUACAGAAUAUGUGUUAAAAGAAUAAUAACAAAAACAUUUUUAGUUGUCUCGAAAGCUUUAAAAGAGCUUUUUUUCUCUUACAUUGAUAAAUUGCUGGCAUUACCCUGCAGCUAGCUUGCAAUUCUUUCACUCCGCUCACUGGCCAAAUUAACAAAUUAGUGUAAUUUGGCCAUCCGUGUGUGAUUAAAUCUUGCAUGAUCUAUUUGGGGUUUGCUAUGACAUUGGCUUACUGGCUUUAAGCUGUCAUGAAGAGAAAUGUGUUUAUCUGCACGAAUUUCUAUAGAUCAAUCUUGUUCAGGUAAAUGGCUUCAAACCCUUCAAUAUGGUUCAACAUUUGGUCAGACCCUAUUGUUUUAACUGAUUAUGUUUUUUAAAUAUUCUGCCUUUUUCCUGCUUGCACUGCAAAAUGCUGUCUGGUUGUCUGAGCCACUGACACUGCAACCAAACAAUUGUUACUUUGUUCAAUUUUACUGUUAAUUUUUAUUUUUUUUCCUGAUGCCCUUUCAUCUUUGGUUCUGACUUCCAAACUGCUACCUGUUACUGCUGCAACUAUGUAGGCAAUAACAUUACAAAAUGUAGUGCUGUAGAACAAAGAAAAAGUUAUAAAUGAAGAUGAGUUACAAAUUCUCAUAGCAUACCAUUGUCUGCACCAUACUAAAUGUUAAAG